AUGGACUUCAUUCCAGAUCGCCUGCUCCUGGGCAUCCGAGAUGCAAAAAGCGCAGUGCCCAACCUCGCGAAUGGACACAACCCGACAACCACCUCGGGCGGCGUGAACAACCCAAAGAUGACCCAUGCUCUGGGCAAGUUGGCUCAGGCAGGAGUCGCCGACGAUGUCGUCAGCUCAGUCCUCGGCAUGCCCUCUACCACGACUACCAUUUACGCGGAAAAGAUCACACAUGCAGCUGAAAAACUUAGCAACGCCGGAUUGGGUUCUUCCGUCACCAGUCCUUCCCCGUCACCAUCAUCAUCAUCCCACAGCAGCGGUCUUGCCACAAAAUACAUCGUUGUAAUUGCUGUUGUUGCCGCCGUCGUCCUGCUUGUCCUUUUGACUGGCGGAUGCCUGUGCUGGAGAAGGUACAAGAGAAGAAGAGCAUAUAAUGUGGUGAGCAAGGGUGCAGACACGAAGGGCAAAGGUGUUAUGCGGGAGAAGGAAGAUAUGUUUAAUGCCGACAUGGGAGAGUCAGAGAGUUUCAAUGUCGAUGGCCAAAAGCUUACAGAACGCAACUUCGAGAGCGGAUAUGACAAGGUCGAUACUGGUUACGAGGGCACGGGCUAUGGAGCAGUUGAAGAACAUGGCGGCGACAAGAGGGCGAGGCUUGAGGCUUGA